AUGUCUCUGGUCCGCGACCGAGCGGGGGCCUCCUUUGAGGAGCGAGUGGGGGCGGCGCUCAAGGUGAUCCACACCAAGAGGCUGGCGGAGGAGACGGAGCAGCGCAAGGCCCUGCAGGCGGCGGUGGAGAAGGGCCGGAGUCGGCCGACCAGCGCGCCAGUGCGGCCCUCGCGGCUGAGCCCCAACCAGCAGGCCAUGCUGCAGGAGAGGAACAAGAAGAUGAAAGAGCAGGAUGAAGCUUACAAGAAGCAGGCGGAAGACGGCUUUUAUGACGGAUGA